AGACCAGGCUUCCGCACCGGAAACGAGACACCGGUUGUGACGUAACGGCUGCCGAGGCUCCCGGCCUCCCAGAAGGCACCAUGUCCCGGCCGUCCUCCCCAACUGACGGCGCAUCACGCCAAUAGUCGCCGGCGGCCUGUGAGGGCACUCCGAAGGGCGAGGGGAGGGCUCGGCCUCUCGCGCCUGGUUUCCCGGUCUCUCUGCGCCGGGGUCUCUGGGCCGUCCCCUGCAAGCGCCCAGGGGCGGCAAAGCCCCUGAGAGGGCUCUCACGGCGGAAAGGAGUCAGCAGGCCCUGUAUGGACUUCUCGUGCGGCCUUGCGUUUGCUCCUUGAGCCAUCAACUGCCCUCCGAAGGGCAUCCGAGGGACCCGCGGUCCAAGGUGCGCACUACGGCUUCAUUCAAUGGCCAGGCCAACUUCUAAGCAGCUGCCCUCGCUCGGCUCUCUGACAGAUUUCCUUCAGUAAGAGGUGACUCCUGAAGCUCUGCAAAACGAGUGUGGUGUGUGAUUGCAAGGCGGGAUGGCUGCAAAAGUGGUUCCAAUGCCCCUAAAGCCAAAGCGGUCCUUUAUACUGAGAGUUCCUCCAGACUCCAAGCUGGGCCAAGACCUACUUCGAGAUGCUACUAGUGGGCCCAAGACCAUCCACCAGCUGGUUCUGGAGCACUUCCUCACCUUCUUGCCCAAGCCAAGCCUGGUCCAGCCCAAUCAGAAAGUCAAGGAGACCUUGGUUAUUAUGAAGGAUGUGAGCUCAAACUUUCAGAACAGACUGCAACCUCAUCCCAUGGUGAAGCUUCUGCCCAGAGAAGGAAUCCAGCAGAAACAGGACACAGUGUCUCUGUAUUUGAAAACUGAGCCUGAGGAACUGGUGGUCCUUGAGGAUUUGAAUGUAUUUCACUCCCAAGAAGAAUGUGUGAGCCUGGAUGCUACUCAACAGCCCACCUCAGAGAAGGAAGACAAUGUUGGGGAGAUGAUGUUACUGGUCAAUGACAUGAAUCCUGAGAGUGAAGAUCUUCAGAAGGAAACUGUAGAGAAUGAUGAUCAUAGAGAAAAGACUUCAGAUUGUGAUGAAGUGGAUUGUUCUGUGGUCUCUGAGGAAUCUCCACAUUGCCAUAAAGACAGACUAAAUACAUCUAUUCCCAAGCAAAGGAAAAUGAGAAAUCUUCUAGUUACAAUUGAAAAUGAUACUCCACUAGAGGAACUCUCAAAAUAUGUGGAUAUCAAUGUGAUUGCACUUACCCGAAAUCGGAGAACAAGAAGAUGGUACACUUGUCCACUGUGUGGGAAACAGUUUAAUGAAAGUUCUUACCUUAUUUCCCACCAGAGGACUCACACUGGAGAAAAACCCUAUGACUGUAGUCACUGUGGGAAAAGCUUCAAUCAUAAAACAAACCUUAAUAAACAUGAGCGAAUCCAUACAGGAGAGAAACCUUAUUCUUGUUCUCAGUGUGGCAAAAACUUUCGUCAAAACUCUCAUCGGAGUCGCCAUGAAGGAAUCCAUAUAAGGGAGAAAAUAUUUAAGUGUCCAGAAUGUGGGAAAACCUUCCCAGAGAACAAAGACUUUGUGCUUCAUCUGCAGAGUCAUGAGGCUGAAAGGCCAUAUAGUUGCAAAACAUGUGGGAGAAGAUUUGGUCGGCUGUCCAACUGCACCCGGCAUGAAAAAACCCAUUCGGCAUGUAAGACCCGAAAGCAGAAAUGGGAUCAAGAGAGGUCUGAUGAUCCUGCCUCAACCUGAAAUGUUUCAUAAGGAGUUCCGAACUCCCAGGCUGUCUGAAAAGAUACAGAUAUGUGAACACCUCAUUAUGGCCAAAAUUGGAUAAAUACCCAUCUUGGCUAAAACCUCAAGUUUUUAGAAAAUUCCCAGGGAAGAAAACACCGUCAAGGGCUAUACCUCAGUUAGCAUCCACAGUUUCUGGAUUAAGGAGCUUUCUUUUGUGAACUUAUACAACAAUGUAUAGGCCACAGAUCCUUUCCCAAAAUGGCUUUGAAUGUGACUCUGGAGGCCACUCACCUGCAAGGAGGUGUGCAGUGACUCAGUGUACAGAAAGGAAUCCAUUUUCCCCCACAUAGGAAUUCACACUUGAGAAAAAAAUAAUGCAAAGGUCCUUAUCUGGAACUGUGUUCCCCUGAAAGAACCAAACUACUGAUUUGUUAAGCCAAUAGCUUCUAUUAGCAAUUCACAUAACCUUCUAAGAAUACCCUGUUAAAGCUUGAUUGUUGCAAGGGAUUGUUUACUUCGGAAUAUAGGGAAAUACAGCAAUUGAAUGCCAAA